AUGGUUGAUCAUGUCAAGGUGUUCAUUCUCCAUCUUCAGCUGAAGUCAUUAAUUUGUGGGUGUCCAUUGGAUAAUCCUUUAGCAAAUUGGAAAAGCAGCUCAUUGGCGCAAUCAGAGAAAAGAUCUGCUUCAGAUCUUUCAUUGGCAAGCUUCGGUUCAGAGGUAGCUCUAGGUUCAGGAGUUCCUUGUAAAAUUGCUUUCUCUGGAGCUGGGCCUAGAGACAUACACGUGAUACCGAUUUCUAGAGAAAUAUCGGGUAAAUUGUUUCUUGUGGAACGACAUCCAUUGCACUCAAGAAAAGGAGUUGUAAUUGCUAUUGCUCCAUUGGCUGGGUUGAAUCCAAAAAUAGAUGAGAAUCAUCCGACAUGGUUGCAUCUUCUGCUUAGAGAAUUUCAGCCCAGAUUUCAUUCAACUGAUCGGUACAGAAAAGUCGAAUCCGGGAGUUCCAUUCCCGUGGCUCAAGGUAGAUGGACACUUGGAUUUUCAGACGCUGAUGUGUGCCAGGCUGCCUACUCAAGGAUUUUAGAGGAAACUAGAAAGCAGAGAUCUUUUGUGGAGAGCUUAAUUACACCGCUACUUGAAUUCCCUGGGAAUAACUGA